CCACAGCACAUCCUAACCAUCAAGCACUAGACAUUAACCCUUGAUUUCUGCUAUUUCUAUAAUAGGUCGGCACUACAACUCACAACCUUAAUUAUAUUUGUUUGGUACUUGGCUAGGAUUUAUUAUAUAUAGCUGUCUCCCAGCCCCAUAUUUUUUGCUUGUGGGUUUGUUUCUCAAUCUGUGUGCGUCUGCGUUGGGAAAAGAGAUCAUGAGUGGAUUUUCUGGCGACAGCGUCACCUUGGACUUUCUCAAGAAGACCAUGGGGGAAUUUGCGAAGGAAAGAGAUUGGGAACAGUUCCACAGCCCCCGGAACCUCCUCUUGGCUCUCGUGGGAGAAGUGGGAGAGCUGUCUGAGAUAUUCCAAUGGAAAGGCGAGGUGCCCAAAGGUCUCCCAGACUGGAAGGAAGAAGAAAAGGAGCACUUGGGAGAAGAGCUUUCGGACGUAUUGCUGUACCUGGUGAGGCUUUCUGAUAUAUGUGGGGUUGAUCUGGGCAAGGCUGCGCUCCGCAAGGUUGAGCUUAAUGCCAUCAAGUACCCCGUCAAUGUGUGCAAAGCCGCUUCAAAGGAACUCAGCAAGAAUGCCACCUCUAAAACAGUUUGAUGUAUCUUUCUCCGGAGUCUACUCUUGUUUGCCAUAUAAAUAUAAAUGGAGGUGUCUUAGGUGCCCUAGGGUGCAGAUUAGGGUUUAUGAUAUAUUAGCAGGCCUUUACAGCAUAGCUUGAAGAGGGGGUAAUUCAUUGCAUGGUGACUUUGUAUGGGGUCUGGCGUGUAAGGCAUUUAUUCCCAAAGAUUUUAUUUCUGAAAGGAAUCCGUCUGACAGAUAUGACAGUGGAUUUACAAA